AUGGAUGCCCAACCAUUAACAAACCUCCAAUCCGAAUCCGAGUCCAACAACACCAACACUCCCUACACACCGCUCGAUAGCGCCGGCUCCCCACCCGCCGACACCCGCCAGACCCCCGGCUCGUGGUCAAUCCGGCGAUUUCUCAGUCGACGCAGUAGUCGCCGGUAUCGGGUCCUGGAGCGUGAGCCAAAUCGGCUGCGAAAACGUGUCAGUCAGUGA